CUUCCGGUCAAAACAUGCCGUUUGUUUUGAUUUGUGGCUUUCCAUCAAGUGGCAAAUCUACACGAGCACAACAACUAAAGGAACAUUUCAAAGCUAAAACUGUUAAUGUUAUAAGUGACCAUAGUAUUGGAGUUGACAGAAAUUCAGUCUAUGCAGAUUCUAAAAAGGAAAAGGAAAUAAGAGGAACCUUAAAAUCUUCAGUACAAAGGUUACUUAACACAGAUGAUAUAGUUAUCUUAGAUUCCCUAAAUUAUAUUAAAGGAUACCGAUAUGAAUUAUACUGUAUAACAAAGUCAUGUAAAACUCCCCAUUGUGUUUUGUUAUGUGAUAUAAGUAAAGACAAGGCUAAAGAAUGGAACAGUUUGAAACCAGAAGAAGACAGAUAUUCAGAUGAAAUAUUAGAUGCUUUAUUUAUGAGAUUUGAGGAACCUAAUCCAAACCAGAGAUGGGACAGUCCAUUAUUUGUUAUACAGGCAGAAGACACAUUACCAUUUCAACAGAUAGAAGAUGCUUUAUUUAACAGGAAACCACCUCCUCCAAAUAUGGCUACUCAAAAUCAACCCUUAUCAUCAACAAAUUUUCUUUACGAGCUAGACAGAAUUACACAAGAAACUAAUAGCGUUAUAAUGGAAAGCCAGAAGACAGGUGUGCCAGGGGACUUCAUUUCAAUACCAGGAACUCAAGAAAAAAUACAAAUGACCCGUGUUUAUACAUUGGCAGAAUUACAAAGACACAAAAGACAAUUUAUAACUUAUACAAAGAUGCAUCCAGUUGAAGACACUUCAAAAAUAACAAGCAUGUUUGUUCAAUAUCUAAACAAUUGUCUAAGGUGAUAUUGUCUUAGUAUUCUUUGAUUUUACAUGGAACAAAUUAUAAAUUACAGACAACAAAAAAUAUUUUAAAGCUAAUGCUAUCUGAAAAUAGUCAACAAAUUGAAUACAAUUAUGUUUUAACUAUAAUCAGACUAUUAAAUUUUUAUGCUACAAUGUAUUUAUAUUUGGUUUAACCUUUAUGUAGAAUAAACUCAUCAUAGAUACCAAAGAGGAUCAUUUUGUUCACAAAAGAUUCAUCGGUGCAUUAAAUAAGACAAAAUAAAGUAUGAAGUUUAGAAGCAUUGAGGAAUCAAAAUUUCCAUUGUUUUAUUGUUGCUUCAAUCACUGAAUGUGCUCAAGAAUGAGGUUUCAAGUUUGUACUAUGUUUAAAAAUGCCAUUGAAAUUGAAUAUUGAUAAAUACUUGAACAGGAAUAUUAUGGUUUAAAGUACAUGUAACGGUACUAUGUGUUAUAGAUAAUAAAAUGCUAUUUUUCAAAGUGGUGUAAAACUCUUGUUUGUGCA